AUGGUAGCCUCGGACGAGGUGAUUAUCGUCGAUGAAUCACGUGAUACAAUCCUGGACUCUGCAUUCUGCGACCAAUCAAGCACCACGGCAUCGCUGACCUCGAGUAUAAUGAGAUAUACCUACGAGCAUGGCCGUCGAUACCACACAUACCAAGAAGGCCGGUAUUUGAUACCUAACGAUGAAAAGGAACAGGAACAUAUGAGUAUCAUAUCGCAUCUCUUCAGACUCAUCCUCGGUGGACGACUGUUCCUUGCGCCUAUCCCAGAGGAUGUCAAGCAUGUCUUAGACAUUGGUACUGGAACGGGAGACUGGGCUAUUGAGAUGGCCGAUCGAUACCCGAAAGCUCUGGUCAUCGGAAACGACCUGAGUCCCAUCCAGCCAGGACUCGUCCCGCCAAAUGUACAAUUCGAAGUAGACGAUGUUGAGAACGACUGGGCACACAGCAAUCCCUUCGACUACAUCCACUGCCGCUUCAUGGCCUCUUCUAUCCGAGACUGGCCCCGUCUCUUCCGCCAGGUCCUCGAAAACCUUGCGCCAAACGGCUACGCUGAAUUCUACGACUUCGACUUCCUCUUCCGCAGCGACGACAACUCCCUCCUCCCAACCCACGAGAUGUACAUAAAUUGCUCUGAAACCACCAGCGCAGCAGAAAAGAUCGGCCAAACAGCCUGUCCCGGCCCUCAUCUAGCCAGAUGGGCCCGCGAAGCAGGUUUCGUCAACAUCACAGAGCGCAAGAUGAAAGUCCCUAUUGGACCCUGGGCCAAAGACCCCAAGCUAAAAGAAAUUGGAGCUUGGAAUCAGGUACAGUCUAUGGAAGGUAUGGAGGGAUGGUCGAUGGCGCUGUUGACGAGGGUGAAUGGGUGGAGCGAGCAGCGGGUGAGAGAGCAUCUAGUGAGGCUGAAGAAGGACUUCCUAGAUACGAAGAUCCAUGCUUAUAUGACGGCAUAUGUGGUCUACGGGCAACGGCCGGAGAAGCUAGAGAAGAACUAG